UUUUCAUUCUCGUCUGGGUUCUCUAACGAUAAACAUCUUUCCAACCACAACCAAAUUUUUUGGAUUCUAAAUCCUACUUCCGUAAACAGGCAAAUAAUAGCAAAAUGUGCAACCCCGGAAUGGGCUCGAUGCCAGGCACCUGCUGCGGACCUACUGGCGGUCUGGGACCCUGCCUCCUCUGCGGUCCCUACAAUGGCCAAUGGUUCCGAUCCAUCAACCAUUGCUGCGGUCCCUGCGGACCCUACGGCUGCUGCUCCUGCUUGGGACCCUCCGGCGGACACUGUUAGUUGUCCUGGUUAGAAGGAACUUAGGAUUUAUCCACACUAUUAUCGAUUACAACUGGCAAGGCGCUUGAAGGUGCAGCGAUGAAAGGAUGAGCCCAGGUGGAGCCAAGAAAUUUGUGUUUGCCAGGAAUUGUUGGGGCCAGCGUUCGAUGAAACCUAGAGGGGAUUUAUUAUUUUGGUUCGAAAAUUAAUAAUAAAUUCUGCGUAUAAACAAA